AACCGAUUCAAAAUCAUCACUCACCACCCACAUAAAUUUAACCUCUGCUAAAAAGAAUCUUCGCUGAUAUUCACCAAUGCCAAAGCUUGCAAGUCACUUGUCUGGCGCUGAGUGGAGCGCCAACGGGCCUCAAACAGCAGCUCAGCGCUUCUUCAAAGCAUACGUCGAUACGGUAGACAGCCAUGGUUUCAACCAUGGUUCUGGCCAACAGUACUACGCCAAAGACGCAGUCUUCCACAAUCAAAACAACGUCCAGUAUGUUGGAGGAGAUGAGAUGUGGGCCUGGAUGAAGUUACUCUUCAGACAAUUUCGACGCCUCAAACAUGAUUGGUUGAGUAUUUGGGAAAUCCAAAACGAAGAUGGAACUGCCCAGAUAAUCUCUCAAAAUAUCAGGAAUAUUUGGCUUCCAGAAAAUACUUCUGACAAUCCAUCAGUUAGCGUUCCGAUGAGCUUUAUAUGUCGUAUCGGCCCGGCCGAUAUCUCUGAUGCUAUCGAGGGCUUACAGUUCAAAGAGGUGUGGCUCUAUUGGGAUACAAAAUUGUUGGAUCCAUUUCUACAGAACGACGCCAUAGUAUUUCGCAGAGAAAAAACUUUUCUGUAGUUUGAUACGCU